AUGAGUAUGCAGAAAGAAGUCAAGAGACCUGCCCAAGGAGCUGCGUCGCAGUUCCAACAAGGGCACGAGAUUCCUAUCGAGCACCAGAAGAAGCCCGGUCUACAGGAUGAAAUGUCGGAUCCAAAACCUACGUCGACCCACCUCCCAACAGAAGACGGAGGUUAUCAAACAUACAAGGCCGCCGGAAAGCUAGAAGGGAAAAGAGCUAUUAUCACUGGUGGCGAUUCAGGCAUCGGUCGGGCGACAGCCAUUCUGUACGCCAUGGAAGGCGCAUCGAGCUUGAUCACAUAUCUACCCGAGGAAGAGAAAGAUGCGCAAAUCACCGUUCGGCGCGUGGAGGAGCUCGGGAAAAAGUGUUACACGAUUGCGACCGAUUUACGACGCAAGGAGAAUUGCAAGAAGGUUGUGGAGAAAGCACUGGAAUGCCUAGGGGGGAUUGACAUUUUGGUGAACAAUGCAGGGACGCAGAACAUGAUUGACGACAUCAAGGACCUGGACGAGGAGCAAUGGAUCUCCACCUUUGAAUCAAACAUCCACUCGGUUUUCUUCCUCUCGAAAUACACCCUUCCACACCUGAAGAGUGGUUCGAGCAUCAUCAACUGUGCCUCCAUCAAUGCCUAUAUUGGCCGUCCGGAUCUCCUGGACUACACAUCUACUAAAGGUGCACUCGUCUCGUUCACGCGAGGCCUGUCGAACCAGCAAGUCAAGAAAGGAAUUCGUGUCAAUGCUGUUUGUCCUGGACCAGUCUGGACCCCUCUGAUUCCGGCUACUAUGAACGAUUCCGCGAUGGAACAGUUCCAUGCCACGCCCCUGGGACGGGCAGGGCAGCCCAGUGAGAUUGCUACAUGCUUUGUAUUCCUAGCAAGCGCGGACAGUAGUUUCAUUUCUGGCCAGUGCUUGCACCCUAAUGGUGGUGUCGUGGUCAAUGGCUAA